AUGUACUGGGUUGUAUUAUUGUCUGCAAUUGUGCUGGCUAAUAGUGACAUAGGAUCGGCCCUACCUCUGGAGACUAAUGGUUGUGUAACGCCUACCAGUCCCCACAUUGUGGCCUGUAUUAAGCAGACUAUACCUAAUUAUGACCCGACCAUCACUGACCAAAAGUACAAGUGUUGCUACGAUUGGGUCUUAUUGGACUGUUAUAACACAGUGGGCAGGGUGGAUUGCACUCCCAGUGAGUAUCAAACAGUGCAACAGUCUAUCUAUUACAUCGCUCGUGGCUUACUUGACAUGAAUUACGGUAGCGGCGAAUGUCGUUUCAACCGAGAUAUAGAGACCUCGUGUUCAAAAUAA